AUGAGCGCCAGCUUCCAGAAGCUCCAAGCGCUCCACCGUGCCCGCAAAGACAAGGUGAAAUCUAGGAUGGCGGCGGUGGACAAGGCGGAGGCAAAUUUCGAGGCGCGCGUUGCCCAGACGCAGGUCUGGUUUGGCGAGGCCCUGGAUGAACUGAAGGCUGCCCAGGGUGAGCUGGAUGAGCGCAAGCGAGAGCUCAUCCUGAAGCAGGCCGGCAUCGAGAAGGCCCAGGAGAUGGCGAAGGCGCAGGCUGCCAAGGACGACGCUGCCCGGCAACAGCAGAAGGCUCUGCUGGACUCCCAUGAGGAGGAUCUUGUUGCCCGUGAGCAUGCGCUUGCCUCCACGCUCCGCGGCAAGGAUGAGGAAAUCGAGAAGAUCGUCACACAGCGGACUCAGGAGCUGGAGCAGAGGCACAAGGAGGCACUCGAUGAUCAGGCCCCGGACCACGCCGGCAAGGUGGAGAAGCUGGAGCUGGAGCGGGAGGAGCUGAAGAAGAAGAUCUUGGGGCUGACGGAGGAGAGGGACACGGUCAACCGCACUCUGGCGGAUGCGCAGGUCUCCAUCUCCGACAAGGCCAAACUGCUCUCCGAAGCCAACGGCUCCAUCAGGGACCUGAAGCUGAAGCUGGACGGCUUGGAGGGGAAGCUUUCGGAGGCCGGGGCUCGUGAGAAGACCCUGAACAAGGCCCUGGAGGACGAGAAGCGGCUACAGAGGGAUGACGCCGCCUAG